AUGCAGGUAAGUACGCUCUUGUCUUUGUGUUUUUUGUGCAAAAAUAAACUUUUUUUUGGAAUUAAACGUCAACUUUGAGUAAGUAAUAUUGAGUAUUAAUUUGGUCAGAAAGUAAGUGAAAAGUAAAGGGUAACGAAACCUGUGCGUAAAUUACAGUAUUUGAACAAAAAAGCAAGGUAAUGUAGAGAAAACUAAAACUACGUUUUGUUAAACUAUCGGUGUACAAUCACGCUAUAUCUGUAACAUAAUAUGGGUAUUAUGUCAGGGUAAAGAAGAGUACGAUGAUCCGGCCGAAGUGCUUCGUGUGGCCAGAUUGGCCGUCAAGGAAGCCAACAAUCGCGCGAUGCGGCUUCAGAAUGCGACAACACAACAAUUGGUACAACGUGUAAAGGAUCUCAAGUACUGGUCAAGCGAGAUCGACAGGCAAGGCUUAUAUCAACUACCUGAAUGAAUAUAUUAUAUAAUACUAACAAUCAAUUUAAAAACUAUUAGAAAAGUUUUAUAUGUUUGUAAAAUAAGAUACGUUACUUCUAGAGAGCUUCAAGAUCUGAAGGAUGACAAUGAAGACAUCGUACGAUACUUCCGGAAGCUCCAAUCCUGUAUUAUUGUAACUCACGACGCCAUCAAAUGUAACGAAGCUUGCUUUGCCGUCAGAAGGAAGAGAAUCCAUGUAAGUCAAGGGUACUGUAGUGCUUUAAACGUGUAUAACUUAUAAAAUAAGGCACCAGCUUUUUAAAAAUCCGAGUUUCAACAAAAAGUUGUUUAUGCCAAGUCUUUCUCUCAGUUGUGCCACGUCUUUCCUUCUAACUUAUUAUAGGUAAUUUAACACUAAAAUCGUAUAUAAAUUAUUGAUAACACGUGUAAAUCUUUACCAUGAAUAUAGGUAGACAACCACGAUCGUGUAGAUGCGGCUCUGGGCAAAGAAAAGGAUAUUAUCAACGAUUGUGUGAAGCAAAUGAAAGAAUUCAACGGAAUCGUGGAGAAACAACUGGAGAUCAACGAUCGUACGUACUCUACUAUUACGGCAAUGUCAAUAUGCUUUUGUAGUUUGAUGUCUUGAUCUAUUCAUUAUUAUUUAGAAUCCAAGAAUCGAUUGCUUCGUGACUACACAUUGAAACAAGAAGCCGUGAAUCUGGAUCACCGCGCUGCUGCUUUUGGCGCUGACCGUAAGGCUACUCUAAUAUAAACUGUUUUUGAUGGUGGUAUUCUAAAUUAUAAGUUUUUGACAAUGAAAUUGUAACAAAGAUUUAUAUUUUACCUUUAGCUCGCUACGUAGGCAAAAGAGCCGCUCCAGGCGAAGUUGAGUAUCGUGACACAGUACCAUUGCAGCGAAUGAGUGACUACCAAGAAUGGAUCGAGAAUACAGCUGUUAACCUUAACAACUCGUCCAAGGCCAGAGCAAAGUCGAGGAAGAUCGUACAGCGAUUGAUUAAUUCGACCAGAGAAUUCGCUCAAGCGAUGCGACAGGAGGCCAUCAACGUCGAGAACACGCUCAAGGAUUCCAUCAGGAACUGGACUGAGUGGAGGGACUCGUUGCAGGCUCAGGUAAGGACGGUUUGGUCGAAAAGUCGAUAGAAGAAUUAAAAGUAAAGAGGUUUGAAGUACUUUUAUCUUAUUAUAACUAGUACUCGACUAGUUCUCGUACUAUAAUUUCAGUUAAAAGACAAGGACAAAGAAGUAAAAGUAGCCGAUGCUGCCAUAAACGAGAUCCAGUACUCCUUACAAGUUAAUGGCAAUCCAUUACAAGUAAGUUACCAUCCUUAA